CGGGCUGCCGCGGGGCCUCGGCUGUGCCCGAGGAGGGGAUCUUCAGGACUGCAAUGCCCGCCGCUGCUCCUUCUUAACACACCUUGCCCUUCUCGUGGGAGUUAAGGACGCUCUCGAGAAGACUUUUAAAUAGACGCGGCUCCUACCUUUAUUCUUUCUACUGAAGAAAUCACAGAUGAUGGCUUCUGACGCUAGUCAUAUGCUGGAAGCAGCGUUGGAGCAGAUGGAUGACAUCAUUGCAGGUACAAAGUCAGCUACAGAAUAUGCUAAUGGUGGUUAUGAUAUUGUGUCACCCGCUCCAUCAGUGUACUUGGGCACAUUUCAAAUUUUGCAUCUCCUGGAAGAUCUAAAGAUGGCACUGGAAAUGCUUGAGGAUCCUCAAGAGAAAGAAGCAUUGCGAAAUCAAAUUCCGGGGGCCACAGCAGUGUGUAUACGGGAGUGGUUUGAAGAGAAUCUGUCACAGGUGAAUCAUCAUUCAUCUAAUAAUGAAACAUAUCAAGAAAGAUUGGCACGAUUAGAAGGUGAUAAAGAGUCACUCAUACUGCAGGUGAGUGUUCUUACAGACCAAGUGGAAGCUCAAGGAGAGAAAAUCCGGGACUUAGAAAUCUGUCUUGAGGGGCAUCAGUUGAAACUGAAUGCUACAGAAGAAAUGCUUCAACAGGAGUUGCUAAGUCGAACAUCACUAGAGACUCAAAAAUUAGACUUAAUGGCUGAAGUUUCAGACCUGAAGAUUAAGCUGGUUGGUAUGGAAAAGGAGCAAAGUGAAUAUGAAGAGAGACAAAACAAAGCUGAGGGUUUGCUUCAGGAACUUAGACACCUCAAAAUUAAAGUGGAAGAACUGGAAAAUGAAAGAAAUCAAUAUGAGUGGAAAUUAAAAGCAACUAAAGCUGAGAUAGCCCAGCUUCAGGAGCAAUUAGCUCUCAAAGAUGCAGAAAUAGAACGCUUACAAAGUCAGCUGUCCAGGACCUCAUCACAUAACGAAGUGGCAGAAAGAGAGGAAGUUUAUAGGAGAAGGCUAAAAGAAAAACAUCAAGAAGUUCAAAGGUUGAAGAUAGGAAUGGAAUCGUUAUUGGCUGCAAAUGAGGAAAAGGACCGUCGAAUAGAAGAGUUAACACUGUUGCUAAGCCAGUACAGGAGGGUCAAAGAGAUAAUGAUUGCAGCUCACGGUCUUGUACGGCAGAAUGGACACUUGUAUUUAACACACAAGAACAGGGAACGAGAGUCAGGCUCUUCUGUCUCUGGUGGCAGUGAAGAGGAACUUGAGACUACUUUAAGGAAGUGGACUGUUUUGACUAACCCUCAAGGAGAAUUAUUGAAAACAGAGCCAUCUUCAGGAGAAUUAUCACCAGCUGUGCUGUCUCCGUCGCCACACAAAGCUAUGGAAAUCAGUGGAAGCAUUCCAGUAUCUUCAACUAAUUUAACCUCUCCACAAGAAGAAUCUCUGGAAAUCAUCAGCAGGGUUCCACAGAAAAAAAAGUCAAGUAGUUUAGAAGACUUGCAGAGUGAAUCCCUGGAAAAGUAUGUAGACGGAAAACCAGUACAGCCUGUUGUAGAACAAGAGAGUAAGCCGCUUGCGAAAAGCAGCAAGUACCAAACCUUGCCAGGGAAGCUGCCUCGACCCCUGCAGAACGGGGAGCAGGGAACAUGUAACUCAUCAGAUGGGUCUGGUGUGAACGACUCUGAGGACAGCAGCUUCCUGGGCCUGAGAGACACAGAGAACGUGGAUGGUACAGUAGCCUCAGAUGACCUUUCACCUGUUUCUUCGGGAACGGAUUCAGGCCCACAGUCUCCAUUGUCUCCAGAAAACAGAAAGAGUCCGAAAGGGAUCAAGAAAAUCUGGGGAAAAAUACGAAGAACUCAGUCAGGUAACUUCCCUGCAGACGACCUGGGGUUGGCAGAGUUUCGAAGAGGUGGCCUCCGUGCAACAGCUGGGCCUCGGUUGUCCAGAUCAAAGGAAACCAAAGGCCAGAAAAGUGACUACAAUGCGCCAUUUGCUCAGUGGAGCACUGAAAGAGUUUGUAACUGGCUUGAGGACUUUGGUCUUGGUCAGUACGUCAUAUUUGCACGGCAGUGGGUGACUUCAGGCCAUAUGCUGUUGACUGCGACACCUCAGGACAUGGAAAAGGAAAUGGGAAUAAAGCAUCCACUGCACAGGAAGAAAUUAGUUUUGGCCAUUAAAUCAAUAAAUGCAAAACAAGAUGAGAAGUCUGCACAGCUUGAUCAUAUCUGGGUGACACGAUGGCUCGAUGACAUUGGUUUACCUCAGUACAAAGACCAGUUUCAUGAAGCCAGAGUGGAUGGGAGAAUGUUGCAGUACUUAACUGUGAACGACCUUCUCUUUCUGAAAGUCACCAGUCAGCUGCAUCACCUGAGUAUUAAAUGUGCCAUUCAUGUGCUGCACAUCAAUGGUUUUAACCCCCACUGUCUACGCAGGAGACCAGUUGAAGAGAGUAACGGUUCACCAUCAGAAGUUAUUCAGUGGUCCAACCACAGAGUGAUGGAAUGGCUCAGAUCAGUCGACCUGGCAGAAUAUGCACCGAACCUUCGAGGAAGUGGAGUGCAUGGUGCCCUGAUUCUUCUGGAACCUCGCUUCAAUGGUGACACGCUAGCGAUGCUGCUCAAUAUUCCCCCUCAGAAGACACUGCUGCGGCGGCACCUGACGACCAAUUUCAACUUGUUAAUUGGACCAGAGGCUCAACAAGAAAAGAGAGAAAUAACAGAGUCCACAGCGUACACACCUCUGACCACCACCGCCAAAGUCCGGCCAAAGAAACUUGGAUUUUCACAUUUUGGAAAUUUAAGGAAAAAGAAAUUUGAUGAAUCAACAGACUACAUUUGUCCUAUGGAUACAAACCCAGGUGCUACAAAUGGUUCUCAGAAAAACUAUGGUGGAUACAAAGGCCUUAGUCCCGUCACUGACAGGGAGCUGGAUCAGGUGGGACAGACAGACUGAUGCCAUUCUCAUCUCAUCUCAUCUCAUCCUCUCCAUGCAUUCCAAAGCUUGCAAAUAACCAAAUGUUAGCAUGUAACAAAGUAUUUGCUGCAUCCGAUCCGCAUGAACUUUUACUGAGAAAGUACUGGCGGUGGACACUAAAAAGAGUUCGAUCCUAAGAAUGUCAUUUUUUUAAUCAAUAUCGUAUAAAUUCAUCUAUCUUCAAGCCCUUUUUCAGGUAUAUGACACCUUUACACUACGACAAUCAAUGUACUUUGACAAUUAAGGUGGUGGUGGGCAGGAAACACACGACUUGUACUUCUAGCUUUCAUAAUCUCACUAUGGCACACUAGUUUUUUCCUGAUCUUUAUGGGUGGUUUUUAAAUGUAAUAAAGUUAUUUGGACUGAUUUGUACAAAACUAUCAAGUUAUAUAUUAAACAACAACUGGACUGUAUAUUUUUAAUGGACAUUAAUCAAAGAAUCCAAGUGAAUUUUUCUUUCAUUAUGUACAGCGGGGAGUAGUUUUGCUUAGAAGGGUGUAUGUGAAAACAAUGCAUAGAACAAGACUAUUAAUAAACCAGUGCUUCAAUAA